GCCUGGUUCUCGGAGGCUGACAGCAGACUGUCUGAGAACGGCAGCCGGAGACAGAGCGGAGGUUGUGGGUCAAAUUCCCAGGUGACAACGCCGGGCAGCAGCAGCCUGAAGCAGCUGGACAACCGCAGUCCAGCCAGCAGAGAGAGUCCGGACGGCAGCUACACUGAAGACAACAGCGCUGAGCUUCACUUCAAGUCCCGCAGCUCCGAGUUCGAUGAUGACUUCGAUGAUGAAGAACCAUUACCGAGCAUCGGCACCUGCAAGUCCCUCUACCCGUUUCAAGGUCAGAAUGAAGGCACUCUGUCGAUGGUUGAGGGGGAACUACUUUCUGUUGUGGAAGAAGACAAAGGUGACGGCUGGACAAGAGUACGGAGGAACCUGGAGGAGGAGGGAUAUGUCCCCACCUCCUACAUCAAAGUCUUCCUGGAAAGCAGCGCCAAAGGCUUUGUGCAGAGUAGUCGGCUAGUCUAGCCAGUGAGGACGUCCCGCCACAGGAAGUGAUGUAAAGGAAAGAUUUCUUCACCAGAACAUCAGAUAAAGGCUCUUUAUGACAUCACUAUGUGCACCAGCAGGAACUACUGGAACGGCUGUGGGAACAAUAAAGGAUUUCUG